AUGGUCAGCUGGACUGUGGUGGCGCAGCAGAAGCGCGACGAAUUCGCAGCACAGAGGCAGCGCGAAGAAGAGGAGGCGGAGGAAUUCGAAGCUGCGCAGGGCCUGGAGGAUGACCUUACGUCCUUCGUGGAGCGCCACCCACCACCGAAAGGAAUGGAGGAUGUGGAGUGGAGGUGGCUUCCAGAAUCAGGUGUUGGGCGUUGGGCUGUCGAGGGUCGCCUGGCCUUGGCCGAGCAGGUGGCGAAGAUCCUACUUGGAGCCCAGCGCAGCGGAAAGAUCAGAGGUCUCUGGCGUGUGGAGGCUCCCAGCAUUCAGCAUGCCGAGAACGAGCUGUCUCGUGCACAGCGGCAGCAAGACGAUGCCUGGCAGGAGCAGAUGAAGGAACAACACAGACGGAGCCAAGAGUGGAAGGAGUGGGAGACCGAAGGUGACAAGUACAUGCAGGAAGUGGUCUACCAACUGUGGGACACCUGCAUUUCUGGCUCGGAGGAGUGUGAAAUGGUGCUGGGAGAUCUGCGUGCCUUGGUGGAGAAAUGGCAACCGGAUGGGCAAGCCUCAGCCUAUCAGGUCGCGGAGCCGAAAAAGAACAAGAUGCACCCGGGCGGCCUCCGAGCGGGCCAUCGGCUGGUAGCGUUCGGCGUCAAGGACGAGCUGGCCGCCGAGAUCCAAGCUCUGCCGGAGGGGGCGCGACCUUUCCCUGAGGAGCAACCCAGGCCCGGAGAGUUCACCUGGUAUCUGCUUGACCAAAUGGCUUCGUUCGCCCUCCAGCUCAACCCCAAAGCUCUCGUGCGAGUGCAGUACUUCACAAGAGAGGGCUACUGGGCACAUCUCGAGUCGACGCAGCAUGCUCUGACGCGGGUAUGGAGAUGCCACUCGCGUGCCCAGUCCGGCUUUGCGAAAGCAUCGAACUGGACUGGAUUCCUUAAUCUCGUGGCAGAUAUGGUCGGCAUCGGGGACACGCGUGAUGUCACCGAAGGCCGUGGGGCGUGGCAGGAGACCUUCAGCGGAUUCCUCCCCAUGCGGAUCGAGGUGCACUAUGGAUCUGGCAAAGCUUUCAGCGCAGACAAGGAGCAGAAGACCAAAAUGGAGGCGAACGUCUUAGAAGCCGCCGUUGGCGAACUCCUGGCAUCAAAGGAUGAUGCCUGCAUCGCUUUGGCCAGGCUGAUCAGUGUGCUGUGUGGUCUCUGCGCGCUCUAUCCGCCUGUAAAUCUGCCGCCGUCCAACCGGCACAUGCUCUUCAAGUACGCGAGCAAGAUCUGUUCACCGGUCCCAGGGCAUCGGCACUUGGACCAUGAACAGUUGGAUCGGUGGAUCGACGACGAGCUGCUCAAGUGCGACUGGUUGAUAGGCGACGGCGAGGAUCCCGGAAUCCCCGACACGCCCGAGCUGAUGUUGGAAGGCAGUUCUCCUCCGCCGCAGUGGGGCCGCCCAGAUCUUUUCGCGAGGCUGCCUGACAUGUCUUGGCUCUGCUUGCUCUGCGGCAAAACUGCUACCGACGGUCACGUCGAAGGAAAGGAUCAUACCAGAUAUCUGAAGUAUGAUGAGACCAAAAUUCAGCAGGCCAUCAGGGCUACAAGGGACAAGUUCCAGCUGCACUCUUCUAGCUCCGGCGACCCUGCGGAAGAUGCAGCAGGCUACCCGCCGGAGUCCACCCCAGAGGCGAGAGGCGACCCAGGCGACCGCACAGCCGAUGGUCCCCCGCCUUCCUGGGGACGCAAGGACAUUUUUCUGAAACUACCGGAUGGCUCGUGGACUUGCCUGCUCUGCGACAAGGGCGCCACAGACGAGCACAUAGUGUCAAAAAAGCACGAGAGCAACCUCGGAUACCCAGAAGGAGAGAUCUUGAAAUGGGUGGCCCAAACUAGGCAGAAGCACGCAAAGCCACAAGGCGCAUCUUCUGCAGCAGCAGCUUCCGAGGGGACGGAGUCGACACCUCCGGCGAUGCCCAUGCAAGGAGCUCAGAGACCUCCGGCGAGUUGGGGUCGAGCCAAGCUCUACCGGCUCAACAAGGAUGGAGUAUGGGAAUGCCUCCUGUGCGACAAGGUCGCGACCGAUGAGCACAUACAGAGCAAGGGUCACAUCAAGUAUAUUACUAACUAUCCCGAAAAGGAUAUUGACAAAUACAUCCGCGAAGCGCUUGCUCGAAAGCAGACCUGA